CCUCAAUUCUCAACGUCUGUUAAAUUUUAUGACCCAAACUUUCAGGAAUCCACAUUGUUUGACAGAUUUCACCUUUCAUCAGAACUUUUCUUGUCAGAACUUCGACUUCUUUUAUACCAUUGUUUUGGCUUGCUUUCACUCUUGAUUACAUUAUUUUUCUACAAUUGUUUUGUUUUUUUUUGUUGAGGAUUGAUUGUCUAUGACUUUGCCACUUUUACUACUUUUAUAAAUAAAAAAUAUAAUAUUAAGUAGAUAAGUUAAAUAAUUUAUCGCACAAAAAACAAUAGUAUGCUUAUACAAAUUUAUUCAAGGCUGUAUCUUCUUCUAAUCCAUCCACUUUAUAUUUUUUAUUUUUUAUUAUUUUCUUUUAAUAUUUUUGAAGAGCUAAAUAAUAUAUCCACUCUUCAAAUAUACUUUUAUUUCAUCUUCUAUUCUUCCCCAACCCUCAUAAAAACUAAGCUUUGUUUUAUUGUCAUCUUCUUAUAUUUAUACUAACAUUUGUCAACCUCUCCUUAUUCUUAGCUUUAGUAGAAAUUUUUUUUAUGUUAAUAGACAUUCCUCAUAAAAUUUCAGAAAAAAAUUUAAAAAAUCCACGAUUCAACAAUAAAAAACCGCAAACAAGUAAAUUCCAAAAAA